GUCCAUUAUGACCUGGAGUCUGCGGCUCUGGCGUCCUCUCCCUCUCCGGGGACCAUGUCUGCCCCGUCGUAGUCUGGCAACGACUGUCCCGCGCCUGGCAGGACACAGUAAAUGGUCCACCAUCAAACAUGACAAGGCAAAGAAUGACAAGGCCAAGGGCAACGAGCGCGGAAUCGUCAGCAAGGAAAUCAGCAGUGCGGUGCAGAUGCGGGGACCGGACCCGAAAGACAAUCCUCGUCUGGUCCAAGCCCUUGCGAAUGCGAAGCGGAUUGGACUCCCAAAGAACAUCAUCGAAGGGGCCAUUGCUAGGGGUCAGGGCAUCAGUCUUCAUGGCAAGGCUCUCGAAUCAAUGACGGUGGAAGCCAUGUUGCCACACUCAGUUGCGGCGGUGAUCGAAUGCCAAACCGAUCUGAAAGCCCGGACCUUGCAGGAAGUUCGCUCUGCCGUUAAGUCCGGCGGCGGAGUUGCCACGCCUACAAUGUAUCUAUUCGAGAAGAAGGGCCGAGUAGUUUUCGAGAAAAGGGACGGUCUCGACCCCGAUGAAUACAUGGAACAGGCUCUCGAGGCGGGGGCCACAGACAUCGGAGCGGAUGACGACGGUCGACUCUAUGUGCUCACCGAGCCGGCGGACACCAAAAAUGUGGGUGAAUCUCUCUCCAAGGUGACCGGUCUAGCAGUCGAGGGACUGGAAAUUAUCUGGGAUCCGAAUCCGGAUACCAUGGUGGAACUGAAGACAGAUGAGCAAGUCAAAGAGAUCGAUGACCUACUAAGUGCCAUCCGAGAGGAACCCACCGUCCAGGACAUUUACCUGAACACGAUCCAGCGAUUUUGAUAUGGAGCAUGACUUUUGUAUAUAGACUGCUCCAAGCAUACCCCGGCGUUUAGAUCGAGAUCCAUUGCUGUAUGAUAAGUCACUAACAAUGUAGUAUUUUUUUAUGGC